AUGGAUUUGGCGGAGAAGCAACCACGCCCACAUUCGGACCUUCCAUCUUCCUCAACCUCCGCGGACAGCCAUACCUACGCCAACAAUAUGGAGGCAAAAGAGAGAGUCAUUGAGGAACCGGAUACCUGUCGAAUAUGCCGGGGAGAGGGCUCAGAGGAGGAACAGCUCUUCUAUCCCUGCAAAUGCAGCGGCAGCAUCAAGUAUGUCCACCAGGCUUGCUUGGUGGAAUGGCUGUCGCAUUCCCAGAAGAAGUACUGUGAGCUUUGCAAAACGCCUUUUCAUUUUACAAAACUAUACGACCCACAUAUGCCACAGGCCCUUCCGACUCCCUUGUUCAUAAGGCAAUUGUCGAUUCGUUGUUUUCGUACCAUUGUAACAUGGCUACGAUUCGUCCUGGUCGCCUUCGUCUGGCUUGGGUGGCUACCAUGGUCUAUGAGGGCAAUCUGGAGGGGUCUCUUUUGGUUAGCAGAUGGCCACUGGUCGGACACCGAAAUUUCCAGAAGGCAAGCCUUGGGGCGCCUUAAUCAGCUGGUAUCGAAUGCCACUGUGUCUGUGGAUGCUGUGAUGCUUGCAACGGGUAGUUCUACGCGAACUGGUUUGCCUUCAGCAGAGUCGGAUGCUUCGUCAAUCAACACGAUCUCUGACAUUGCCGAGCCCCUUAUGCUCUCUCUGGUGAAGAGGACGCUUUCUGCCCUGCUCAUCCCCGCUAGUUCAUCGAGUGCUAGCCCAGUUAACUCAAGCUUGUCAGAUAUGACAACUGGGUCUGCUAAGUUGCGCCAUCCGUCUUGGCUAUCUGAUGUUAAGUUUCUAAACACACUAACUCCAUCACCUACUAUUAACAAUAUUCUCAUUGAUACCUUAGAGGGCCAAUUGAUAACUUCACUCAUCGUCAUAUCAUUUAUUUUAAUUUUCUUGAUCCGUGAGUGGGUUGUCCAGCAACAGCCGAUGGCCAACAUUGCAGAGGGGGAGCGCGAAGCAGCGGUUCAAUUAAUAGCCAAUAACCGUCCACAACGGGAGGUUGAAGCUCCCGAGCCUCAACGCGAGCCUCCGCUGCCGCUCUUGCAAGGAGAAGAGCAAUCCCUUGAUGGGGAGAUGGAUGAGAAUGUCGAGCAUUUCCCUGACGACGGUGAACAUGAUGCUCAACCUGGCAACUCAGAUCAGUUCGAUGUGCAUGCGGUACCCCCGUCGCUCGGAAGUAACGACCCAGUUCGCUUGAGAGACAUGUAUUCAGCAGGCUCAUCAUCGUCUCUUGUACGUGGUGUCACUGUCGAUGACGAAUCUGACAUUGGGCACUUAUUCGGACAGCCACCUAACCAAACCGAUUCUGUAUGGCCAGGUUUGGAGAUGUUCAAGGAUUUCUGGACCCGUGGCAACGGAGACCCCGAGGAAGUAGUUAGAAUGAUUCGGGAAGAAGGUUACCAGGAGGAACUGGAUUGGGUUAUUACCGCCUUGUCAAGACCUCACCAACAGUCUAUGUCGACAUCACAGACUUUUGACGUCGCUGGCGCCAUCGAUGCAGCGGAACAUGACGAUGCAGGAAUAGCAGUAGUUGGGCAGUCUUCACAACUAACAGCUCAACAUGACCCGAGCAAUAUCGCUAUUGACGCAGGCAGUGGCCAGUUCUCAGAACCCUCUAAUAACCCUUUUGCCGAUGACCUGGGCACGGGUUCGUUGCUUCGUGCCUCUCACGAGCAGGAACCGCCGGAAAGCGAUCGUCCGGCUUCAGGGGCCAAUGAAGUUCACGUCAACCAAGAGGAUCACGUCCCCGAUGGUAGAACCGUUGAUGAGCUACCAAAUACCAACGGAGAGUCUGAAAAUACACAACGAAACUCAACAACGAAUGCCCCUCCUGCACCACCAAAGAGCUUCACACAAAGAAUUUUCGACUGGUUUUGGACUGAUAUCACCCCAGCUGGACCCACCGAGGAGAACCAGAACCGGGAUGAUGAACAUGUGGUCGAAGAUCCAGCUCUCGAAGCCCCUUUCAUACCGGUACGGAAUAAUCAACAUAUUGCGAAUGCGCGUGUGGCGGAAGAGGCAGAUGCAGGUCCGAUCUUGGAGGGCGCUGGAGCUGAUGCGAACGAUGUGGAUGUAAUCGAGGAUGGUGACGAUCUAGAGGGAAUAAUGGAACUUAUUGGCAUGCAGGGUCCAAUAUUCGGACUUCUACAGAAUGCUGUUUUCAGUGCCCUCCUUAUCUCUUUCGCAAUGGCGAUCGGUAUUUGGCUUCCUUAUUUAUGGGGCAAAAUUGCAGUCGUCCUUUUGGCUAAUCCAAUCCAAUUAUUUUUUGGUGUCCCUAUGGCUGCCAUUUCGGUCGUUGCAGAUAUAGCACUUGACACGCUUAUCGGAAUCCUAGGGUAUAUCAUAUACUGGGUCAGUCUUACUUUCAGGGUGCUAGUUAGUCCUCUGAGCUCUCUCGUUCCUCUAGGUGAUUGGAUUCCACAAAGCAAGUCCGUUACCAGCGCAUCGCUGUCCCUCAUUGAUGCUAGCAGUCGCCGCUUGGGGAAAGUUGUCAGCGCAUUUUUCAUGUUCCACGAAUCGGACAUUCCCAUGUUUUCGGUUAUUUCUCAUCAGGCAUUGAAAGUGCAUGAGGCCCGCGUUUUGAGUGUCAUUGGGGCGACGUUUGCAUUCAGUAAAUUUGUUUUCUAUGACUUUCCUCUUUGCAUCAUUUCGCUCGGAUCUCAAGGGCUAACAUCAGCCGGAAACGGUUUCGAUGUGAAGGAUCUCCUUGACCUACUCAAGCAGUCCUGCAGUCUUGGUGCUUCCUAUCUCGUUUCAAUAGGAAGAAAAAGCUGGCUCAAUCUAAGAACAUCUUCGGUUGCCUCUGCAGAUGUUCCUCUGGACUAUGGACUGGCAGUGUGGGACACGAAGGAUCGAGUGAUAGCCAUAAUAAUGGGCUAUGCGCUUGCUUCUGUCAUAGGCAUCUUCUAUCUUCGAAUUGCUGGCCUACUUUCCGGCACGGGCCAUGGGCAGAGAAUUGAGGGUCUUGUUGCAGAGACACUUCGGCAAGCCGGCGGAGUCAUGAAAGUCAUCCUUAUUAUCGGAAUCGAGAUGUUUCUGUUUCCGCUAUAUUGCGGCUCACUUCUCGAUCUUGCGUUGUUACCUCUCUUUGACAAUGCCUCUAUUGCUUCUCGGAUGGAUUUUGCUGCAUCAUCUCCGGCAACGUCCCUUUUCGUUCAUUGGUUUAUCGGCACUUGUUAUAUGUUCCACUUCGCUCUUUUUGUCUCCAUGUGUAGAAAGAUCAUGAGAAGUGGCGUCCUGUAUUUCAUCCGUGACCCCGAUGAUCCAACAUUCCACCCUGUGCGUGAUGUCUUGGAGCGGAGCAUUACAACGCAACUCCGCAAGAUUGCUUUUAGCGCCUUGGUCUAUGGGGCAUUGGUUAUUCUUUGUCUUGGGGGCGUUGUGUGGGGGUUGUAUGCUGCAUUUGACGGACUACUCCCUAUUCAUAUGUCCUCUACUGCCCCCAUUCUCGAAUUCCCCAUUGAUUUACUGUUCUAUAACUUUGUUGUGCCGUUGGCUAUUCGGUCAAUCAAGCCCUCUGAUGGGUUUCAUGGUGUAUUCGAUUGGUGGUUCCACAAGUGUGCUCGGCUCUUGCGGUUAACCGACUUCUUCUUCGGCGAGAGGCGGCUGGACGAGGAAGGCCAUCAUGUCCGACGAACUUGGAGAGAUGUCUUAUUACGAAAACAGGGAGAUGUUGAACGCCCUGUCCUGGAUGAACAGCAAAAAGCCCGUGCUGAUGAACAGGGUCACGAUGCAUACUUCGUCCGAGAUGGGAAGUAUGUCCGAGCCCCAGCUUCAGACCAGGUCCGCAUCCCAAAGAACCACCUAGUAUUCUUGGAGGUGACGGAAAGCAACGAGCCCAUUGACGGGGAACCAGAUCCAGAUGAGGGACUGCAUGGUCGGGCUAACGACAUGUUCACCAAGGUCUAUAUUCCCCCGUCAUUCAAAACGCGAAUUGUAGCCUUCAUCAUUUUGAUGUGGCUCUUUACGGCCGCCACUGGGGUAGGCGUCACUGUUAUUCCGUUGGUUAUUGGUCGGAAGAUGAUAUCGUCAUAUUUCCCCAGCGAGGUAUCUGUAAAUGAUGUGUACGCCAUAUCCACCGGUCUGUGUAUGGUUGGUGCGGUUGCCUAUGCAGUCAUAUUUUGCCGCGACAGAUCCGCCAUGAUAAUCGAGCGUAUACGCCCGUUUGUACGCUCUCCGCAAGAUGCCUGCCUUGCAGUCGGUGGAGUUGCUCUACAGGGAGUCCGCUUGGUCUAUAUUUCCUUUGCCUUCUCCGUGCUGCUGCCAUUCCUUUUUGCUAUGGUCAUUGAGCUCUACGUUCUGAUACCCUUACAUACGUAUUUUGGUCCGGGUGAAGGGCACGUUAUUUACUGCAUGCAGGACUGGGCACUGGGUGUUCUGUACCUCCAAAUGGCCAUCAGAUUCAUCUUGUGGCACUCCACCUCACGGCCUGCCGCGGCCUUGAGGGCCAUUUUCCGCGAGGGAUGGUUAAGACCUAACGUGACACUGGCCACUCGGGCAUUUAUCCUCCCUGCCUCACUCCUGGCGGAGAUUGCGGUGAUUAUGCCGCUCAUUUUGGGAUUCACGGUCGAACUAGCGGUCUCGCAGUGGGUACGUGGGGACAAGCCGUCGAUAAUUUACCGCUACUCAUAUCCGGUGACAUUCGCUUUGGGUCUGGCUGUCUGGCUGGGCUAUCUCAUUCGCCGUCAGGUGGAUAUUUGGAGAGCUCACAUCAGAGAUGAUGUGUAUCUGAUUGGGGAACGACUACACAACUUCAGCGACAAGCGAAUAAGAGACGAUCGGGUCUCUCAGUGA